ACUUCCGUUGAGGCCGGGGCGAGUGGAGGCGGCGCUGUGCAUUGUGGGUGGCGAGAGGCUGAUUUGGAUUCCCGCUCACGGCCACCGUCGGUGGCUCGUGGCGGCUCGCUGGCUGGGCCUCCUCUACGUCGACUCAGCCAGAAGAAGCACAACAACAAGAAGCAGGAGGAGGAUGGUUUGUUUCCCAAGCCGAGCACUUCCGGGUCCACCUUCAUGAUCCUCCCUCUGCCCCGGGGGUGGGGGCGGGGAGAUCCCCUUGAACAGGGUUACGCUGCUACUUCCGUUGAGGCCGGGGCGAGUGGAGGCGGCGCUGUGCAUUGUGGGUGGCGAGAGGCUGAUUUGGAUUCCCGCUCACGGCCACCGUCGGUGGCUCGUGGCGGCUCGCUGGCUGGGCCUCCUCUACGUCGACUCAGCCAGAAGCAGGUGGUGCAGGUUCAGGAGUUUACUGGCUGCACUCCGACCUUUGGCCUUGGCUGUCGCCCAAGUGGGAUUGUCGCACAGCAGUCAACCCACAGCAUCAUGCGACGGGAGGGUCGACUCAGGAGCGAGUGCGACCAGCGGGUCCACUCGGGAGUGCGACGGGAGGGUCGACUCAGGAACGAGUGCGACCAGAGUGGGUCCACUCAGGAGUGCGACCAGCGGGUCCACUCAGGAGUGCGACCAGAGGGUCGACUCAGGAGCGAGGGCGACCAGCGGGUCGACCCAGGAGCGAGCUCGACCGGGAGGGUCGACUCAGGAGCGAGCUGCGACCAGCGGGUCGGCUCGACCCAUCUUCAGCUCGUCAACCUCUGCCGAGCCGGAGGUCUCUGCUGCCGCCGGAGUGGUGAGCGUCGCGGUUUGGCGACGAUCCAGCGCUGCACGCUGCGAGCGAGUUGUGGGCGCCACCUACCGACCGGGUUCCGAACUGCGACAGCGUAUCAACAGCCAUCCGAACUCACCACGGUGACAGGGGAGCGACUGAUACGUAUGACGCGCACCGCCCCCUCACCACACGACCACCAGGCGUCUGUUUGACAUAAAGAAUCGACCCCGAACACUGACUAUUCAAGACAACUCUUACCACUCAAACACACUCGAACCCAUAAGCCAUCCGUGGCUGGGAAGGCAUCACAACGAGACCGAGUGAUGGCCAUCCGUCGUUUAUAAGAGUAUUCGUAAUUUUUAUCUUUAAUAUUUAGUGGGCUGUACUCUUAAUCGCAUAAAUUCCCAACAGAUCCAUCAAUACGAACUGAUUCUUGGCACCUCCUUCCGCCGAGCCACGCUCACGUGGGGAGUGGUGGCCCACCGGAUCCUUAUCAGGUGAUCUGGUCCCCAAUUAGUAAACUUGGUAUAAGAUAACGAUCCUCGGAAAAGGAGCACCGUCGCAGGCCCUUACUCCGAGCCGUUCUGUGGUCAGAUAACCUGCCGAUGUAUCUGUUGAGAUUGGUGCCUUUAAGAAUAAUAACUGUUUUGAUUGUGUUUUUUUAUCGCCGUAUAAUCUUUCAAGUAUCUUUCAGUCAUAAUCGCCGCACGUACUCGCAUCCUCUACAGAAUAUUCAACUGUCCCGUGACCCAAGGUGUUAACAACGUGAUAAGGGUUGCGUAUGAUCAAUAAGGAGUGCGGUACUGCGUGAACAAUAUUGAGUAUAAUCAUUCAUUAACGUUAAGGUUUUCUUAGCAUAGUAUUUGCAUGUUUUAACGACUCUCUCUCUCACUAACAACCAUCGCGUUAUGCGGGAUCCAUGUG